AUGGCUACUUGGGCAUAUCCGCCUAUGCCCCCUGAGCGAUUAAAUCAGGAAGCUGAUAGUGCAUUGGCCAAAGAGUUGGAAUGGUUACUACGCAAUCUGCAAGACUCUCUAGUCUCUUUGAGAGAAGGUCUCCAUGAGUGCGAAGCACUUCUAGCUCCCAAAGAGCCGGGUAGCACAUUAGUCCUAUCGUCCCUACGAUCCGAAAAUGUGAAAGGGUUCGUGACAAGAGUUGGGACUAAAAUUGUGAAAGGCGACAUCCAGCUUCGUCUUAGUUCCCUUGCUUCGGUACGCGGCUUGCCCACGACACGGUUGUGUCUAGCAACUGCUCCUGGUGCUCCAGAGCUUGUGUUGAGCCAACUGGUUUCGGUGAGAAACUUGGUCAACCAGAGCCUCGAUGUGGUGGAUGUUAGCACCUGGACCGGCGACCCGCUCAAUGCGAGUUUCAUAUUCGGCCAAUUGCACCUACUGCAUGAGACUAUCUCUGAGGCACGGCAGAUGCUAAAGGGCGAGAGUGAUAAAGUCAGAGGCAAAUGGUGGGAGGCCAGUGCACUUGAGGAUACGUUCGACCCCCCUUUACCCCCAUCCCUCUCGUUCCAUCUAUCUAUUGCCGAUUCAGCCCUCGUGUUAUAUUUGAGGACUGUCGAGCCUAGCACACCAAGCCAUACUCCAACGGACAUCUCCUUGACGGGGUUUAACUUGCGAGAUCGAAUAUUUGGAACUCGCCAACGUCCCCAUGACGAAGCAGGAGAUGUUUUUACAUGGAAAGGUGAAGAGGUGAAAGUAAAAGAGAAGGUCCGGGUAGAGAGCCAGGACCCUAGCCUGAUGGCCGUUAUGGCCAAAUUGACAGCCUUGCAGCACGAAGUAUUGAAGUGGAUAUCAGCCUUAAAGGUUCUUAUGGGUAAUGAAGAUUCGGAGAGCGAAUCUUAG